GGCAUCUCAGUUUCUGUGGCGCUGUUCAUUGUUGCAUUGGUCCCUGGCAUUGCAGAGUAAGAUAAAAGGACAGACGGACACAGAGAGAUAGAGAGAGAGUAAGAAGUGUUCAAUCGCAGGACGUCGUUUACUUCUUCUUAAUAAUUUCCAUUAUUCAAAUUAAUUUAAAAGAGAAAAAUCAAAAACCAUCAGAGAAAUCAAUGACACGUGACUUGUAACAAACAAACGGGAAAGCUCAUUGACGAAAAAAGAGAUAACGAUUAUUGGGAGGGAUAAAAAAAGGAGCCAGGAUAAACUCAACCAUGGCACCGAAUAUCACAAACAGCCCUACGGGAGUUUUGUUACAAGGGGAAAAAAUAGACGAUCAACCAGUCGAAAUAAAUAAGGAAAAAGAAAUAUAUAAAAGGACUAUAGUUUGGAGAAAUGUUGCAAUAUUUAGCGGUCUACAUAUCGGUGCUAUCUAUGGUGCCUAUCUUGCACUUACAUCUGCCAAAUUGUUAACAACGCUUUUCGCUUUUAUACUAUACCAAUGCUCAGGUAUUGGUAUCACAGCAGGAGCUCACAGAUUAUGGGCGCACAGAUCUUACAAAGCAAAGUGGCAACUUCGAUUAAUUCUUAUUAUAUUCAACACUAUGGCCUUUCAGGAUGCGGCUAUCGAUUGGGCAAGGGACCACAGGGUUCAUCAUAAAUAUAGCGAAACUGAUGCGGAUCCACAUAACGCAAAAAGAGGAUUCUUUUUCGCUCACGUAGGUUGGUUGCUACUCAGGAAACAUCCGGAUGUUAAACAGAAGGGUAAAGGAAUCGACAUGAGCGAUCUUAAAAGUGAUCCCAUUAUCGCCUUUCAGAAGAAGUACUACUUCAUUCUGAUGCCUUUGAUGUGCUUCAUUCUGCCAAGCUUAGUACCUAUAUACUUUUGGAAUGAAACCUUCCUCAACUCUUAUUUCAUUUCCGUAGUAUUUCGUUACGUCUUCACCUUAAAUACGACGUGGCUAGUGAAUUCUGCCGCUCAUCUUUUUGGCAAUAAACCUUACGACAAAUAUAUCAAUCCUUCCGAAAAUAAAGGAGUAGCAAUGAUGGCAUUGGGCGAAGGCUGGCAUAAUUAUCAUCACGUAUUUCCAUGGGAUUACAAAACUAGCGAAUUGGGUAAUUACAGGUAUAAUAUCACAACCGCGUUCAUCGACUUCUUUGCGAAAAUAGGUUGGGCCUAUGAUCUAAAAAGUGUCUCGAAAGAUACAAUAAAAUCGCGAGUACUGAAAAGCGGUGAUGGUACUCAUGAUGUUUGGGGUUGGGGCGACAAGGAUCAAACACAAGAAGAGAAACAACAUGCCGUAGUCACGUAUAGUUCGACGAAGGAUCAAUAACUGUUCUCUCUCUUUUUAUCCUCUUCGCGCUUAUUUGUUUUUCCUCUUUCGAGAAUAUCCUUACAUUCACUCAACAAAACUAAGAGUAAUUCGUAAAUAUGAGUUUAUUAUUCCCUAAACAAUAAUCUUUAUUUUAUGAUUUCCCUUGUUCUUCUCUUCUUUUUACAUACAAUUACGUUCCUCUUUAAAUUACAUAACUUGAAUGGUAUGUGAUAAAUUAUAAUUUUUAUUACUGAGUGGGUGAUCUUUGUACCUGUGUAUUAAAUUGAAUUCCAGUAGUGCAUAUAAUUCACCAACGGAAAGAUAAAAAAAUCCGUUGUUGCGCAACGAAAGUCUCGACUUUGAAAAAUUAUAUCCAACAAAUUUCGAAGAUUUUGAUACGACUAUUCUCAUUACCGAUACGAUUCUAAUAAAUACGUCAAUGUAAAAUGGGCAUGAUCGCUUUAAUAACAUUCAGAAUUUCACAGAUGCCUUUCAAAACAAAUAACGCAAAGAAAAGUCAGCAUUUUCAUUCUGGGAACUACUUAAGUUAUAUUUCAUGUUUUUGUUCUUGUUAGUAAAUUAGCGAUACGGUUUCUUCGUUUUCUUAUUAUUAUUGCGUAGUUUUUAUAUAGGGGAAAAAGAGGAAGUAUGCAUAUAUAUAUAUAUAUACAAUAUCAAUAUUUAAAUUUAAUACAUUUAUUAAUACCAAUUUUGGGCAAUUGUUUUAAUGUUAUUACUACUGGAAACUUAAUCAAAACGAUGAUUAUAUAAGAAUAUUUCUACAAAUUACAAUGUAAUUGCAAAAGUAGUUUGUUUUUGUGCGUGUUUAAGUCAUCGAUGAAUUAUUUCGUAAAAUAAUUCUCGUAUCACUGUGCUCAUUUUUUUCAGUAAUGAUAAUAAUGAAACAAUAAAAAUGAAUGAUGGAAAAAAGAAACAUUAAUUAAACCACGGUGAUGAGUUGUAAUUGUUAAUCAUUAAAUCCAACUAACGAUUAAUUUACUUAUAUUGUGUGAAUAUUCUUCGUGAAUUUAUUGUUACUAAAAAUUAUUUGAUAUUUGAAAAAGAAAAUUAUAAAGUACGUUUGAACGUAUGAAAAAAGGAUAUAUAAUAAAUGUAAAAAUUUAUAGACGUCCGACGCACAGAAACGCGUGUUUAUGUAUAUAUUAAUAUAUACACAAUUAUAUAUAUAUAUUAAUAUAUACAUAAUAUACACAAUAUUAAUAUAUACAUAAUUUAUUUAGUUAAGAUUCUUUUUAUUCAGAGUACUCGGAAAAUAAUCAAGUAAUGCGGUAAGACCAUUUCGUUUGUUCGUAAUAUUUUCGAGAUAUCUUCCAUACUAAUAAACGUUUCAUUUGUUUUAUUAAAUUUUAUUAUUAAGGAAAAUAUUACAGAACAACUUAAGAUAUUGGUUGCCAUUAAAAAUUGCUAUAAACUUUUUAAGGUUUAUUUUCAGCAAAUUUACGAAUUAAAUUUUGUUGGCUUUCAUUAUUCUUAUAUUAAUAUGUUCAAAAUAUUUGCUUAAAGAAGAUUUAAGGGAAAAAAUAUUAUAUGUAAACGUUUCAUAUAAAGUAAAAUUUAAAAAAAUACUCUCUCAAUAAAAAUUAUUCGUUUUGAUAAAGAAAUAAAUGCGGUACAGUUUGAUAAAACUGUAACAAAUGUUGAAAUAAGAUCGAAGAUAAUAACAAAAGGAUAAACUAUUUUAUGAUCGAAAAAUGUAAUUUUACUAUUAUCUUACCGCAUGGUUAAUUCCGUAAUCUCUGCAAUUUUUGAUACAUUUCUCAACUACGUUAAUUUUAAGCAUUAAGAGUGAAUAAAUAGGCGAAACAUUGCGCAGUAUAUAAUUUUUAUUUGUAUCUGGUAUAUUAUUAUUCCAGGCGUUCCUUAUAAACUCUGAAUCUCGCUCAGGAACAACGUUAUGUCAACAGUAUAUGUUUUCCAUUUAUUAAUACAAAUUUAGUACUAAUCGCGUAAUUAUUAUAAACAAAUAUUUCGGUAUUUUUAUGUCAUGUCAAGUCGAAAAAUAAUGUUAGUUGUAAGAAAAUUAAACACGUAUCGAGUAAUUUGAAUAAACUAUCGUUAUUUAAUCGAAAUUGUGAUAAAGUAUCAAAGAUACCAAUCAUUAAUAAUAGUAAUAAUAUUAAAUGAAAGUAUAUAGAA